CCCUGGUGACGUUAUUUUCACCGCGCCAGAGCACCUAUACGGUAAACGAAGAGAUUCAUGGCGGCGCCGGUUGACGGAAGGUGCCCGGGUAAUUUUUUCUUUAGUGUGGCGGUGUUUGCAUGGCUCGCGCACGGUUUCCUCAGCGUGGAUGCAGAUAACGUCUCAGUGUCAGUGAUGGAGGGAGAUUCAGUCACUCUACUCACUCAUGUUAAAAUAAACCAACAAGAGAGAAUGAAGUGGUAUUUUAAUGGCGUUCGCAUUGCUCAAAUCAUUGACAAUAAGAGAAAGAUCUGUACAGAUGAUCAGUGUGACGAGAGAUUCAGAGACAGACUGCAGCUGGAUCAUCAGACUGGAUCUCUGACCAUCACGAACACCAGAACCACACACUCUGGACUCUACAAACUUUUGAGCAGCAGCAGCAGCAUUGAAGUGAUAUUCAGUGUGUCUGUCCAUGGUGUUCGUGAUGAACAACAUGAAAAGAAGAGAAAGUCAGUGAAGGAGGGAGAAUCUGUUACUUUAGAUCCUGGUGUAACAAAAAAACCAAAUUAUGUGAUGUGGUAUUUUCAUGGCACACUCAUCGCUGAAAUCAAAGGAGAUCUCAGUAAGAUCUGUGAAGAUGUUCAGUGUGAUGAGAGAUUCAGAGACAGACUGAAGCUGGAUCAUCAGACUGGAUCUCUGACCAUCACAGACACCAGAACCACAGACUCUGGACUUUAUAAAGUAGAGAUCAGCAGCCACAAGCAUCAUCAUUGUCAUGGUCGCUGUACUGUCACCAGUCUGAAGAACUUCCAUGUUGAUGUCGCUGGUUCAGCCCGGUCUUCAGCUGUUAGAGCAGCAGUGAUUGGUAGUGUUCUGAUGGCAGCUGUAGCUGCUGUUGGUUUGAUUUAGUGUCACUGUAGGAUCUACAGAAAUGACAUGGAGAGAAACAUGAAAGGAGGGCUUUUGGAUGAGGACAAGAAAGAUGGAGGUCACAUGAUCUGAGAGGAUCGGAGCAGCAACAACAGGGAUUAUCUGCCGCAUUUUUUCCCCGAUGCAAUUAAAUUGCCAAAAAUGUAUUUAUAAAGCAGAAUGUUAAAAUAAGAGUGUUUUUAAGCUGUAAAAUUGAAGGAAUAUUUUAUAAAUUUAAAUUAUUAGGAAAAGUAUAUAUUUUUUAAAUCUAUAGCAUCUAUUCUGGCAUUGUUUCAGACAAUGUCUGUAUUUAUUUCUAAGAAGUAACUGAGCCUCUGACUCGUGUCAAUAAUGCAGUUGCAGUAUUUAUUCAUUCAACCUGGCAUCCAGGGAGUGAAUAUGCACUUAUUUACUUUUUUAUUAUAAUGGUUAAUGGUGGGUUUACAAGUUUGAUAUUUUUUGUCUCCAGGAGAAUCAGCAGCCACUCACCUGUUACUCUUAUGAUAGUUGCACAUGAAUGAAAACCAAACACUAUGUUUGGAUGUUGCUAGAAUUUUCUGUAUUGUUUUAACAUCAGAAAAUAGAGAAAUUUUGUCAGCUGAUCUUCCAUAUAUGGAUAUUGCUGGAAUUAUCCAUACUGUUACACAGAAACAUUAAGAUAGAAAAUGUAUUUUAUUCUCUAAGAUGAACAACACUAUCCAUCUUUAUUUUUCCCUAUUAUCACGCACCUUUUUUGUUUCUUCAAAACAAUGUUAUCAUUUGUGUUUUUGCUCUAUGAGUAUUCCAUUUUUACUAAUAUGUCAGUUUCUUUUGAUGGCAGAAUGUGAAUAAAUGUAACACAAUUUGUGUUGUUCUUAAAUAAACUGCUUACAAAUGA